GUUUACGCGAGGAGGAGGGGGGGGCAGAAUUCACUAAAUCGGACCUAUUUUAUGUACCCCCUCCAGGUCCUCUGGAUCUUCCUCUGUCCUUGUUGGAGAUGGGAUGCUCUGGGAGGUUUGAAGUCAUCACACAUCCCUCCCCGGGCUUGCCUUUUCCUCCACAGACCACGCUCCCCAACGGGCUUCCCCCCACCAGUCUGAGCCUGGAGGCUGAAGUCAAGAAACAAUUUUUACAAGAUCCUGGCUGGCUUCCUUUACACGACACAGACUUUGCUUUCCAAAGGUUUCUAAAAGUGACAAACAGAAAGGUGAAUGUCGACUCUCUGCUCAACUGCACUUUGUCUUCGCUAAAUUCUGGACUCUCCGUCAUCCGAGAUCCAACGACAGGGAUGCUGCUGGAUUUCACAGAAGUUUCAUUGGAGAACACGGGUCUUUCGGCAAAGAACUCGCUGUCAUUACAACGGAAACCUGGACCUCCUUCCGAGAGCCUGAGAGGAAGCAACACAAACUACCCCUUCCUGCCUGGUGGGAUGGAGGAACUUACUCUGGACCAAAUCAAGACUAAGUCCGAACUGGAACAAGACAUAGACUUUGAGAAUGAUUUGCUCCAAGUUCCUCCUGGUUUGAAAGCUGGAAUGGACUUCACCGACAGAGGAACUAAAAUAGUAAAACCUGAAGUCAACCUCAUGUCACUGCUGUCAACCUCUGAUGAUGUCAUCGACUUGGAGGCUGAGGCAGAAGCAAAGGAGGAAAGCCAAGGACAAGAAGAGGCCGCCAAACUUCCCAGGACAAACAGCCUUGAAGACCUAGGCAUCCAAGAUGCUUCGUCCUCCUCCUCUCGGUCCGGCAAGGGAAAGUCAAACCAGAGUGAGAAGCCGGAAGAAACAAAAAAAUGGGCCAUUCCCGUCGACAUAAGUUCCCCCUGUGCAGAUUUCCACAAACGUAUUCCUCAUCCGGCUUUUAAGUGGCCGUUUGAGCUGGAUGUCUUCCAGAAACAAGCCAUAUUACGACUGGAGGCUCACGACUCCGUGUUUGUAGCGGCGCACACGUCGGCUGGCAAAACGGUGGUGGCUGAAUACGCCAUUGCUCUCUCACAGAAACACAUGACCAGGACCAUCUACACUUCCCUCGAUCACAGCUUUGUCCAAUCAGAAGUUCAGAGACUUUAA